UGAAUGGGGGCCAGUGGAGGGAUUGGCAGAGAGGGGUGGAGGACACUGAAUGGGGCCAGUAGAGGGAUUGGCAGAGAGGUGGGGUGGAGGACACUGAAUUGGGGGCCAGUAGAGGGAUUGGCAGAGAGGGAUGGAGGACACCAAAUGGAAGCCAGUGGAGGGAUUGGCAGAGAGGGAUGGAGGACACUGAUUGGGGGCCAAUGGAGGGAUAGGCAGAGAUGGAUGGAGGACACUGAAUGGGGGCCUCUGGAGGGAUUGGUUGAGAGGGGUGGCAGAUACAAAAUAGUUGGCCAAUGAGGAGGGAGUUACAAUAGUCAAGGCGAUAGAUAACCAGGGAGGGAAUACGUUUGCUUAGU